UUUCACUUCCGGUUUCUACUUUCAGUUUUGAUUUUUAGUUGUUUUAGCAACUUUUCCUGUUUAUUCUCCAUUUAUCAUGGCACAGGCUCGUGUUCCACCGCAGACAGGAUCAAAUUCAUUUAGUGAAACAGAAGAACAAUCAAAGGUGCGAUUCCAAACAGAGCUGGAGUUUGUGCAAUGUUUGGCAAAUCCCAACUACCUGAACUUCCUUGCACAGAGAGGAUAUUUUAAGGACACAAACUUUGUGAACUACCUCAAGUACUUACAGUACUGGAAAGAGCCAACAUAUGCCAAGUACCUCAAGUACCCUCAGGCACUACAUUUUCUGGAGUUGCUGCAGUAUGAACAGUUCCGCAAGGAGCUCGCCAACCAGCAGUGUGCUAAGUUUAUAGAUGACCAACAACUGCUUCACUGGCAGCACUACCAGCGGAAACGAGUGCAACUCCUAGCGGCUGAAGCGGAACAUGGGCAGGAAAUGACGGAGACUAAACCAGCCUGACCAGGGUGGAGCGGAAGGGAAGAUAGGAAAGUGGUGGACUGUUAUGACAGUUGUGGGAAUGACUGUGUUAAUUGUGCAGCUUGCCAGUGAAAUGCUGGGAUAAAAGGGUUGCUUUAGAUAUGUGACUGCAUUGUGAUGAGGGAAAUAUGAACUAGCUUUGAAUGGUUAGAUGAGCAUUAGAGCAGUUGAUACUGAGGCCUUGAACUUUGUUUUCCCAUUAUAUGUACAAGUUGUAAAAAUGAUCGUUCUAUGGACACCCGCGACAGAGUGAUAGUUUAGUGGGAAUCAUUAUCCGAAAUUCAAUAUGCGAGAUGUAGAUAUUGCAAUGAAUUUAUAUUGCAAAUACGCUUUAUGUAGCUGCGUUGUAAAUAUCUGAUAUCUUCUUUUUGAAAGUCAUAUUAUAUGAAUUUGAUGAUAUUAAAUUGAUAUGACAUUGUAGAAUUUGAUUUAUGACACAAAAAAUUAAUUCGUAUUUAUAAUAAUUAAACUACACACAACAACUCUGUCAGUCAACCAGGUUGAAAAAUUGCACUAGCUAUGUGUUGUAGAUGUUUAGUUAACCACAAGGCUCUUUAAGCCUCAUCACUGAAAUGAGUAAUUUGCAUUUUUUGGGGGGGAUGUUGUUUCUUUAAAGGUUCUUGAUCAUUAAAACACUCUUUACAAAAUAAAUAAUACAUGAAGGACAGAAUAUUUGGGUGUAAACAAAUCAAUACUUGCUACCUAGUACGACUAAAUCAGGGAAAUAUGGGUUAAUGCCAUGAUGUACGAAUUCAUUGAAUUUCUAUUUUAGUUGUACUGAUCUUUCUUUAUUGCUUGCACCCUCUUCUGCUUGCUUUGCUUGUUUCUUUGACAUGCAUGUCUGAAUAAACUGUAAAUAUAAGCUGUAUUAAUUAACUAUAUGCUUAUCAGUUAUAUGGAAUGUAUGGCCAACAUUCCAAAUGGUUUGAUAUCAUGCCCUUCACACCUUAUUUUGUAAAAAUUGGACAGAACAGACAGUAUAAAUUUGUGUAACUUUGUCAAUUUAAGGGCCGUAACUCUGGAGUAUCUACUGUUUCCAGGACAAUAUGGCUGGUUAUCAAACGUGUGAAAUAUUAUGCCCAUUCACAUUGUGUCUAAAGUUUUGCCCGAACACAUUUUGACAUUAGACAAUGAAGUAAGGGAAUCCGAUUAUUAAGCCAAACAAAUACAGUUACAAGUUUGGGGUUUCAGGUGCACAUAAUUGAUAUUAUUCAAGAUAACAUACCUCAAACAAAGCCAACAAGUUUAUCGAUUACAGGCUAAACUUGCCAACAUUGAAAGCAUACGAGGUCAAAUGGUAAAAUUUUAUCAAUUUAAAAGCAUACCUUCAAAGAGGUGAGCAAACUGAUUAUUGAACUUGCUCCAGAUAGCCAACAUGACUGUAUCAUUGUUUUCAAAUUGGGAAAUCUAGAUAAGAAUGCACGACAUUGUACCCUGUUCUUGUCACAAUAUAACAUGCUAUGGGGGGAAAACUAGCGAACUGUUAACAUGUCUUAUUUUGAAAUUUAAACGUUUGAUACCCCCGCACUACUACGCUAUGUGUAUCAUUAUGAAAUUUAACGGAAAAUGUACCGUGGUACUAACGAUGCUAUGAAUAGGGUAUAAAGAAAUACAUGUGUUUUAUCGAUGAGCAUGUAAUAAUGUAGUUUAUGUUUACAACUUAAAGCCAAUGAGGUUCUUUUAAUCAUGGGGACAUUAAUACCUUUCAAAUAAACAGAUUUUUAUUCAUGGAUACAGGCAUGUUUUUUUAGCUAAAUUUUGUAUCGGUUAAAAAAACAACAUUUGUGAGCAUCUUUCUUUCAAUAUCUGGGCUGUUAUUUUGCCAUACAAAUGCCGAUUUAAAAUUGAUUGGGCAUACAUGGUUACUAUGAGAAGCUGCAUGUUAGCCACGAGACCCCUAUCUGUCGGGCAAUGGUCAAGGUCACACUUAAGGGUCAAAAUGAAAGCUUUCCCAUGUUGUAACUAAGCCAUGCAUUUGUGGAAUUUUAAAUAACUUGGAACAAAUGUUCAUCAUUAAAAGACUUUACACAUGUGCAACCCAUGUCUGUAGGUCUAAGGUCAAGGUAAAAGUCAAAGGGUCAUUAGUCAAUUACAAGAGUAUUUUGGCUUGUCUCUGCUUUAACUGUUUAAAAGCCACUUGGUACAAAUGUUCACUUUUAGUUGUGACACAUGCAAAACCUGUGUCCAUAGGUCAAAGGUCAAGGAAACUCUAAAGGAUCAUUGGUCAAAAUUCCUUGUACUUUGUAUUGUCCAGACUGUCACUUCGCCAUGCAUUUGGGGAUGUUAAUCUCACUUUGAACAAAUGUUCUCAGUGAGUAUACAGAGUGUGGCGUGAAAGACUCUUGUAUUUAGGUCAAGGUCACACUCAAUGGUCAUUGUUCAAAAUUCAGUGAAUUGGGCUUGUACGGGCUGUCAAUUUGCCGUGCAAUUAGGGAUAUUCAAUAUGAUUUGGAAGUUGAAAUACAGAGUAACGCAUGCUAGACUCAAUGUUCAUUGUUCUAAAUUCUGUGAACUAUGCCAAGCCAAACUUAUUUUGCCAUUCCUAGUAUAAAACAGUGGUAAAAA